AUGGCAGAUUUAACUGAAUGGGAGCCAUAUAUACAGAAAACUGUGGUAAAACUUCGUAAUACAUUAUCUAAAUUGAACGAAGUGUGGAAAGAAAUAGGGUUCAACCAUGAAACACGUUCGGUAUAUUGUGAACAAGCGUUUGAACAUAUAAAUGAUUUAUUAAACGACAUGGUUUCGGAAUCUGACUCAAAGAAAGAAAUGUUAUUAAUUAGUAUUAGAGACUUAAUAGAGCAGAUAGGUAUUCUAACGAAAGAAUUAGAAAUAGACGUUGGAACUGCUGGGUAUGAGGAAUUACCAUUGAAAGAAGUAGAACAAGUGCUGCGCGCCGAUUUACACAAAUUACAGUAUUGCAAAGAACAGCGUAUGACGCAUUUAAAGGAACUACUUGCAAAGGAAAGAUCCCUCUGUAAAAUAUUAGGUACACAACCAAUUAAUAUAAUAGAGGAAAAAGUGCCUUCUGAAGAAGAGCUUAAUAGUUUUAAACUCUAUCUUGAAAAACAAGAAGAUGAAAAAACUCGUUUGGAAGCAGUUUUUAAAGAGCAACGUAGAGCAAUUAUUAGAAUGAUAGAUGAUCUAGGCACACCAUCAUUAUCCAGUUUUGAACAUUUAAUAUAUAAAGACAGUGAAAACUUCAUCUUGAAUAAUAGUAAUAUGAUUAAAUUAAGGGAACUUCGAGAUGAACUGAAAUGCAAAGUAGACACAGCAAAAGAACACGUGGAAAAUUUGAAGCAAGACUUAAUUACACUAUGGAAAUACCUUGAUGAACCUGAUCAUAUUUGUCAGUCAUUUCUUAAUAGUUACGUAGGACAUAGUGCAGCUACCAUAAAUGCAUUAACUAUAGAAUUAGAAAGAUGUAAAGAUAAACGGAAACAAAAUAUUGCCAAAUAUGUAUCAGAAGUAAGAUCACAGCUAGUUAUGCUAUGGGAUUUAUGCAAAUUUAGUGAACAAGAAAGGAAGAAAUUCAUACAUUUUACUUCUAAUACAUAUACUGAAGAUUUAUUAACGUUACACGAACUAGAGGUGAAAAGGGUUCAAGAAUUCUAUGAUUCCAAUAAGGCUAUAUUUGAACUAUUUCAAGAGCGUAAAAAUUUGUGGACAAAAAUGAAAGAAUUAUUACAACGUGCAAAUCAUCCGGAUCGUUUUUAUAAUCGUGGUGGUCAGUUAUUAAUGGAAGAAAAGGAACGUAAAACUAUUCAAAAAAAAUUGCCAAAAAUUGAAGAUGAAUUAAGAAAUUUGAUAAAGGAAUAUGAAAGUACACAUGGUGAAACAUUUACUAUGAAUGGAGUAGCAGUAGAGGAAUUAUUAAAAGAAUCAUGGGAACAUUUAAAUGAAGAGAAAGAAUUUAUAAAGAGGGCCAGAAAAGAAGGAAAAGAUAAAUCAAUGAAAAAAACACCACUAAGUGCUUCUAAGAAGGCUGUCCUGAGUACAUCCAAAAAGGUACCAGGUGCAUUAGGCACUCGCCGUCAUACACCAAUUAAUUACUCAAAAAGGAAACUUUUGUUUAGUCCCUCUCCAAAUACUUCAAAACGUAGAAAUGUAAGUAUAGGAGCAAAUGGAUCUAAAACGAAAAGAAACAAGAAAAUUCCUAAGAAGCCGUUAUUAUUAAAAAAUGAUGCUAAGAAAGAGACUUCCACAUUAGAAAAUUCAACUGCUACAGAUACAACAUAUAAUCAGUUUAAAGAACAUUUAGAAGACAGGAAAGAAUUAAGAAGUUCUUUAAUAUCAGAACAAUUAUUAGCAAAUGUAACUAAAUCCAAACUAAAAACACCAGUACGAACACCUGCUAAGCCAUUGAGAAAAAAUUUACCACUAGCAAAGAAACCAGUAACUCCAAAAUUGUCACAAUCACAAUCACACAAAUCACCACGUAGUCCUAGGAUUGCACAGUCCACAAAGCUUGCAACAGUGUCCACACCUUUACCUAUAAUUUUUUGA